AUGUCAAAUGCAGCAUUUUACGUCAAGGAUCCACAUUUAACUACAAUACGAUACAGAACGUUCAAUAACAUCUGCAUCCUCGAAAUGGCUGCAGUCCCCAAUGCUAUUGAGUACCCACUCUUUGCUUUGAAAAUCUUCAAGCGUCAGGCCUAUUGCAAAUAUCUUAUCUUAUUACUAGAUCGGCGGUGUGUGGUCUACCGCAAGAGGGCCAGGAUGAUGGGAGUAACCAUCCCCCCUCCUGUUCCACCGGUGCCACGGCCCAGGAAUGUCCCAGCUCCAGCACCUGCUCCUGUCGUCUCUGCACCCAUCCCCAAGGGGAAGGGGAAGGGGAAAGGGAAAUCCUCCCAAACCCCAGCCCCUCCCCCCCCUAGUACCUAUCCGUCUGUCUCGGUGGUGGAGGCUGGGCCGUCAGCGGCCACGUUGAUGGCGCAGGCCAACCCACCGAGGCGGCCAAAUAAACCUACCCCUACUCCUCGUGGCCGAGCUAACAUCGCUCGAACAACCGCGAUCAUGCCCCCACCUCAGACUCAGAGCAUCGGCAACAAGAAAAAGGAGAAGAAUAGGAAAAAGAAACUAAAAAGGAAAUUGAGGAAAAAGAAAGAAAGAGAAGAAGUUAACAGGGGUACUGCCGAGCCCAUCGUGCCGGAUUCCCCACCCGCCCAUGCUGAGGCGAUGAUCAUCAAUGAUCAGCCACCUCCAAGCAAGGCCAAAUGA